UCCAUCUCCCUCCUUAUAAAUAUCGCAAUUAAAUCUUAGCAUUUGCUUAGUUGUUGAUCGCUUGUUGAUUGUGACUUUUGAAACUUUUUUUUUUGUAAAAAUUGUUCUUCUCAUUAAUUGUUCACAAUUAAAUUUCAUUACUAUGGCUAAUUUUAAUUCAGUUGUUAUCCUUUUUAUCUGUCUAAUUGGUGCUAGUCUUGCUACUUUCCCUUAUCGUUACCGACGAGGAGGUGGUUUCGGUAGUGGAAUCGGAAUCGGAAUUGGAAGUGGUUUAAUUGGACUCGGCGGAUUUGGAGCUGGAAUUGGAGCUGGAAUCGGCGGUGGGUCAAGUUAUGGACCUGGAUAUGGAUAUAGACCUGGUAGAGGAUCUGGUUAUGGUUCAGGAUAUGGAGCUGGUUCAGGAGCUGGUUAUGGAGGUGGCUCAGGUUCUGGUUACGGAGCUGGUUCGGGUUCGGGCUAUGGUUCAGGCUCUGGUGCUGGUUAUGGGGGUGGUUCGGGCUAUGGAGGAGGCUCAGGUUAUGGCUCAGGAUAUGGAGCUGGUUCAGGAGCAGGUUAUGGUGGCGGACCAGGAUACGGCGGUGGAAGUGGCUUCGGAUUAGGUAUCGGAAUCGGUAACGGAUUUGGAUUCUAAAAAAACAACUUCUCUCUAUCUUUGAUAAUCGGAUAAAAAAUAAAACUAUUUUGUAAUAAAUUUCUUUUUCUUUUCCCAAAAACAAUUAAAUUAAUUUAUUCCCAA